AUGUCUUUACCGAAUUGCUCGUUGAAGGUAAACAGAGAGCUGCUAGAUACCAGUUUUGAAAGUUACAGGCUCUCACUGGACCCUAUUUCAACUUACAAUGUAGAACUGGACGCAGCUGUGGCUGAGGUUAAACUGAAAGACAGUCAGUACACUCUGGAUCAUGUGAGAGCAUUUGGUAUGUACAACUACCUUCAUAUCGACCCCUGGUAUGAAGACAGCGUCUACUUUGUGGACAGCAAGGGUCGAGUUCUCAAUCUAACAGUCACACUGGACACAGCCUUGGGCAAACCUUGUGAGAUGUUUCGUUUCGAUUCAGACCCGGUCUCCUGUGAGGGGGAACAGUUGUGUGUUUCUCUGAGCCUGACCUCUGCAACAUGGGCUGCUCUCUCCGAUGGAACCGGAAAGUUGACUCUUUUGCGCACAAGCAAGAGGGGUGAGAGUUCGUAUAUUAAAUGGGAGCCGAUGUUCAGCGAGCGUCUUGGAGAGCCGUUCAUCAUCGUUCACAGCCUGACUCACGUGCGCUCUCAUGUUCAUACCAUUGAAGUGCUGCUUCUGAGAGUCCAGAAAGAUCCAGCUGAUACCAAAGGAAGCGGUUUCUCAAUCUCACUGGAGUGGAUCACUGUGGACAACUCUGCUGGACAGAGUGAGAGUGAGGAGAGGAAGUAUGGCGUGAGGAAGAGGAGGAUGAUGAAGGGCAAGUCUGUCCCGCACUACGCUGCCGUGGAGCCUCAGGGUAAAGGAAUCGUAGUAGCCUCAGAGAAACCCUUCGCUUUUACUGAGGUGGAUGGAUUUCCGAUUAAAGAACCACCUGUUGAGGAUAUGGAGGUGGAGAACCCAGGUCCCAUCUACUUCUGGCAGCAAACAGAAGAGGAUGUGACCUUGAAUGUGCGGUUACCUGAAGGCACCACCAAAGAUGACAUCCGCUUCAAGCUCACUGUGGACUGCCUACGUGUGGGAGUAGGGGAUCAUGCAGCGCUGCUGGAUGGGCAACUGUUCGCUCCUGUAGAUCCCGAGGCCAGCACCUGGACCAUCAAAGAUGAUAAGAGUUUGGAGGUCAGUCUACAGAAGCGAAGUGAAGGGCCGCUGUGGUCCGAGGUGGUUCUUGGGGACCGGAGAGGAGAAUAUCUACUGAGUGAAGAACAAAAAUCACAGCUACAACAGAGACUCUCCUAUCUCACUUCUGAAGACCUGAAUCCAAACCCAGAGAAGGACAAGCCCCCUUGCAACGCCCAGGAGCUGGAGGACUGUGACAUGUUUCCGGAGGACAGCUCUACACUGAUGCGCUUUGAUGGUGCCACUCUGAAGCCCACCCAUGUGGUGAGCCUUGGAAGCAACCAGUUCCUUUUCUCUGUUCAUAUUGACCCCUCUGAGAUGCCCGCUUUCUGUUUACGGCACGAUGUUGAUGCACUGCUCUGGCAGCCCCGUCCCAACCAGGAAAGCGAUAUAUGGGAACACAUUUCAACAUUUAACGCACUUGGUUAUGUUCAGGCCUCAAAACGUGAUAAAAAGUUUGCAACCUGUGCACCCAACUUCUCCUACGCUGCUCUUUGUGAGUGCCUCAGGCGUGUGUUCAUUUACCGCCAGCCCUCGCUGGUCGACACGGUGCUCUUCAACCGGAAGCAGGGUCAGCAGGUCGGGCAGGUCGCCAAACAACAGGUAACCAGCCUGGACACCAGUGACCCGGUGCUUGGAUUCAGGGCCACUAACGAAAGAUUGUUCGUCCUGACUGCAAACAACCUGUUUGUGCUGAAAGUGAACAAUUAAUAUUCUCCCACUAUUUCUGCUGGAUGAGUUGACACCUCUGCUCUGGGCUCCUUUGAGAUCAUUGGUGAACAUUCGACUUAUCCAGUAUAUGACGGUCAUAUUUCAAGACCGAGUUGGUAUGAACUUCUCUAAUGUAUCCGAGUGUCUGUGUGUGUUAGCAUUUGUCUUUAUAUGUGAAACAUUAAACACGUUCCUCCAGGGACACGAUCUAUAGCAUGACUGUCACAUUGCAUUCCAUUAGAAUGUCUAACGGAUACAUAAAAUAAAUAAGCAUCUGUAAGACCCUGUCUGUUUCCACUCUUAAUGAUUUUUAAUGAUUAACAUUUUGACCACAAUCAAUGAAGAAGUUAGAAAGUAUUUCCGUUUACCACCGCUUUGUUCCUCGCAGACCAUGACCCCAUCAGAACAAACCUGCGACCCUUUUUGACAAAGCAAUUAUUUCACCAGACAUGAGUCAGCAGUCAAAUUCAAGUUACCGAAUGCAAUGCCAAUGCAUCAAAACAGGACAGGUGUGACGCAUUUCAGAAAAAUUGUCUAUUUACUGUGAAUCAUUUGUAUACAGUAUAUAUUUAUUCAGCAUUGUAUUUGAUUAUGUACAGUAUUAAGCACUGUAUUAGAUUAUAUACUCUAUAUUUACGCAUACACACUUCUACAUAUAUGCUGUGGAUGUCCACUCAACAGAUGAGAAUUGUUUUUUUUUGUAAUAAAGAAAAGGAGAGAGACAAGAGUUGGCCUUUAGGCAAGCAGUCGUCUGACUGAAGACGCGCUGUAGUCACCAUGGCAACUUGUCCCUCAACUGCCUCCCAGUAUCAAAUAAAUUGCUGAAUAAAUGUAGCAACAUUUUAAUAUUAAUAUAUAAUAACAAUCACACAUGUCACAGUUCCUUGAUUUCAAAGAACGCCGCAAACUGAACCACUUAGCAACAUAUUCUUACAGUCUCUUGUGUUUUUCUUUGGUUUUGGAAUUAAUCUCAUUUAUGUCUGUUCAGGCCGUUGCAUGCUUGUUUUUCACCCUGUGUUACAGCCCUUUCUAAUAUCAUUUGUCAGGAUCCGCACAGAUGUGCCUUGGAGAUAGAUCUGUCUCAGCUGUUUUGUGUAGUGAGGGGAACCUUAUUUGUUCAGGCCUCAGAUUAAAUCAUGUGUUUGUGAUUGAA